GGCCAGAUACCGGAAGUUUGAUGAAUGCCGUCGCCCUCGACCUUUGCUUGAGAGCUGAAUGCUGCGUGACCCUGUGACAACAGUAGCAACAACGAGCGACAUUCGAAGAGUCCGAGCGAGUUGACGUGGCAAGAGAGCGGGAAACAGGAAACAGGGCCGGGAAGAUUGAUAUUCUGGGCAGUCGCCAGUCAGCCGCCUUUGUGCUUCUUUCCCUUUCGACCCGAGAUUGGAUUGAAGGGCAUACGACGCCGCCAAUCUUUUUUGCUCCUUCCUGGACAGUCUUUAAACCUCAUUGAUACCUCGAUACACACCUAUCCGGCACCCUCAUUGGCCAGCGCAGACGUCCCCUAGAGCAGCUUGUCGAGGACGAAGCUCUUUUCGGAAACCCAGGCCAACACGGACGAGGCGCACCUGACAUGAACAUCUCAUACUAAAGCGGCCAUGUUUUCUUCGGGCUCGGGCGAUGCCAAAGGGCGGCAGACAUCGGGCGGCAAGUCGUUCUUCUCGCGCCGUCACCACAAGGACAAGCACAACGAACACGUGCCCGACAGUCCCUCGCUGCCCUCGAACUGGUCGCAAAACCCCCUACCACCCGUGCCUCCUCCGCACCAACAACAACACCAGUACCACCAGCAACCGCCUUCUUCAUCGCAUUCGCAUUCUUCGCGCCAAUCCAUCGACCAUGGCGGUGGCCUCAUGACUGCCAUCCCGUAUGACAGCGUUCCGCGAGACACAAGGUCUCCAGUACGUGUUGAUUACCUACCACAAGAGAACAACUCACAACUACCUCCUCCACCGCGGCCACCGCAACAUACGUCACAGUAUUCGCUGGCCAGCACUGGCCGUACAAGCUCGUAUGAGAACUCAAUACACUCGCAGUAUGACCAAUAUCCGGCCUCAGAUAGGGCCAGCAUACGCUCUAGCCACAGCCAUCGCACAUCAAUAUCCAUGCAUCCACAACAUUCGCCGUCAUCGUUUCCGAACAUGUCACUCGAUUCGACUACUCUCCUUCCCCAGUUAGCCCCUUCAUCCACUCGUGGAUCUCAGCAGAAUGGCUUUCUCAGCGCCAAUCAACCCUCCGCAUUCAGCUCUACCGCUUCCUUCACUCCCGACGGUUUUAACCUCCAACGUCCGAGCGAUGAUCGCAUAAUCGAGAAAGAGUUUUUGGAGCUCAUGCACAAGCGUGGAUGGAAGAGUUUGCCUGAACAAGCCCGAAGGCAGAUGGAAGCAUACCCUAUAAACAAGAAAUGGACCUUGGUACAUCAGGACAGAUUGGCCGAAUGGCAGGGCGAACAAAAAAGACGCAUGCACGCGAGAACGACUAUCAAUGCCGACUCGAGUCUGGGUAUUCUGGGUCGUGCCGAUGAAGAGGGGAGCCCGGAAUGGUAUGUCCGCAAAGUCCUGGAUAACUCGAUCAGCGCGAAGCAGUUGCAAAGUUUGGCCGUCAGUUUGCGAACGCAGCCCAUCGGAUGGGUCAAGGCUUUCGUAGAGGCACAGGGUCAGGUUGCUCUGGCUAAUGUGCUCGGAAAGUACAACCGCAAGCAAACUCAAGGCCCGACAAAUCCUACUGUUAACGACAGAGAUCUGGACCGCGAGUACGAUAUCGUCAAAUGUCUAAAGGCUUUGAUGAACAACAAAUACGGUGCAGACGAUGCUCUCGAACAUGCUCCUAUCGUGAACGCCCUUGGUGCGUCUCUCAUUUCUCCUCGACUGAAUACCAGGAAGCUUGUCAGUGAAGUUUUGACCUUCUUGUGCCAUUGGGCAGAAGGACGCGGCCAUCAAAAGGUUUUACAAGCUCUGGACUCGCUUAAGUCUUCUCAAGGCGAGAAUGGCCGCUUCGAUGCUUGGAUGCGUAUUGUUGAAGUCACUGUUGAUGGUAGAGGCAAGAUGGGCAGUCUUGUUGGAGCCAGCGACGAGGUUCGCAGUGGUGGUAUUGGUAUGGAGAACCUGCUCAUGGAAUACGCGGUUGCUUCUCUGUUCCUCGUCAACAUGAUCGUUGAUGCUCCGGAAAGAGACCUGCAUCUGCGCUGCCAUAUCCGUGCACAAUUCACAGCAUGUGGCAUCAAGCGUAUCCUCAACAAGAUGGAGCAGUUCCAGUACGAUAUCAUCGACAAGCAAGUUGAGAGAUAUCGAGCGAACGAGAUCAUCGACUAUGAAGAUUUGCUUGAAAAAGAGAAUCAAGUCGAUGGCCAAGAACCGGAGCCACAGGACCUCAGCGAUCCUGUGCAAAUUGUUCAAGCAAUCAUGUCCAAGGUGAAUGGCAGUCAUUCGGCAGAUUACUUCGUGUCUUCGUUGCAACAUUUGUUGCUAAUAAGAGACAACGAGGCUGAAGACAGACUUCGUAUGUUCCAGCUUGUGGAUGCUAUGUUGAGUUAUGUUGCCAUGGACAGGCGAUUGCCUGAUAUGGAUCUCAAGCAGAGUCUUAACUUCACUGUCCAGAGUUUGAUGGACAAACUGUAUACAGACUCUGAAGCCCGACAAGCAAGAGAUGAAGCCUUGGAAGCUCGCCAGAUUGCCGAGUCUGCGCUUGCAGAACGAGACGAACUGAGAGCUCAGCUCGAGCUUGGUGCAGACGGCUUGGUCAAAAAGCUCACAAAGUCGCUCGAGGAACGAGACUCGGUAAUUCAAGUUCAGCAGCGCCAAAUCGAUGGUCUCAAGGCAGAGCUUUUGGAAGUCCAACGAGUGCGAGCUUUGGAAUUACAACGCAAUGAGUUGGAGACUAGAGAGCUAUAUCUUAUGCUGCGCGAUGCUCAAGAUAUCGCAGCCGCGUCCGCCAAGACUGGCACCAAAAGCGGUACUGCAACCGAUCCCACUCAAAUGCAAGGUAUUCUGGACCGCGAGAGGCUCAUGGAUCGUCUGGAAAUGCAGCUCGAAAGAGCAAAGACACAGGCCAAGCUCGAAGGCAAGGUCUGGCAACAAGUCGAUCCUUCGGAUAAGCUCCGCGAGUUGCGUGAGAAGAUGGAUGGAGUGGGUGUACAAACCGGUGCCAUCCCUGACAGUUUGCCUGAUGGCUACAUUGGAAGCGUUUCCAGGACUCAAAGAGGUGGUAUUGCUCGUAAGCCCCUUCCUGGUCAGCCUCAACAAGACGGCGAUCAGUCGCUGGAUGAGGACGAUGAAGAUGCCACUGUUUACGAGAAGCCUCGUAUUGUCCAGAUGAAGCGACCCAAGAUCAGCUCCGCACAUGCUCAGGCUGGUUACCUUAAUGACAUUGUUAGCAAGGUCCGCCGUAUUGACGGAAGCGAUGACGAAGGCGAUGACAAGACUAUCGGUUCAUCGCACUCGAGGAACGUCUCUACCCAGUCCAGACAUGUGUCUUCGCACUCCAGACAUGUAUCCUCGCACUCCAGGAACGGUUCAGCCCAGCAUGCCAGAAUUCCUUCUGCUCAGCUCAAGCCUUCUGCAGAUGGUGAGCUCAAAUUUGAUGGCUCUAUGCCUCCUCCACCUCCUCCUAUGCCAGGCUUUAACGGAGCUUCCGCCCCUCCUCCACCGCCCACGUCUGGCUUCAAUGGUGCUCCUCCUCCGCCACCACCGAUGAUGCCAGGCUUCAACGGAGCUGCUCCUCCACCUCCUCCUCCUAUGAUGCCUGGUUUCAGUGGCGCUGCCCCUCCUCCUCCUCCCAUGAUGCCUGGUUUCAAUGGCGCUGCUCCUCCUCCACCCCCAGGCAUGCCUGGAUUCGCUUCUGGCGCACCUCCACCGCCACCAAUGCCCGGAUUCUCUGGACCACCGCCCCCACCGCCACCAGGAAUGCCUGGGUUCUCCACUGGUGCUCCUCCUCCACCCCCGCCGAUGCCUGGUUCACCUAUGCCAGGAUUUGGUGGCCCACCACCUCCCCCUCCGCCAGGUAUGCCUGGUAUGAAGGCUGGAGGACCGCCCCCACCCCCUCCUCCACCCGGAGCGCCUCCUAUGCCUGGAGCCAGACGAGGUGGAUUCUUGCCUCAAGCACAGUAUGCAGCUUCCUCCAGCAUUGGUAUGGGUGUUGCAAGACCUAAGAAGAAGCUCAAGGCUUUGCAUUGGGAGAAGGUUGACUCUUCCGAGUUCACCAUGUGGGCUUCACACGCACCUACCCAUGAGGCCAAAGAAGAAAAGUACGCCGAGCUUAGCAAGAAGGGUAUUCUUGACGAGAUUGAGCGUCUCUUCAUGGCCAAGGAGAUCAAGGCAAUCGGCAAGAAGGAGAAGAAGAGCGACAAGAAGCAGAUCAUGCCCAGCAAUCUGAUGCAGACUUUCCAGAUUUCUUUGGCAGUCUUCUCACAACGGCCUUUGGAAGACGUCGUUCGUAUGGUCAUACAUUGCGACAAGGAGGUUUUAGAAAACCCUGUCGUCAUGGAGUUCUUGCAGAGGGAGGAUAUGUGCACUAUUCCCGACAACACAUCGAAACUCAUGGCACCUUACAGCAGAGAUUGGACUGGACCGGACGCGCUGAAGUCGGCUAGAGAGCAAGACCCUUCGGAGCUUACUCGUGAGGAUCAAAUCUACCUCUACACAGCCUUCGAACUGCACCACUACUGGAAGGCCAGAAUGAGAGCGUUGGCACUGACCAAGAGUUUCGAGCAAGAGUACGACGAAGUUUCAGACAAGUUGAAGAUGGUAUGCAAUGUAUCAGAGUCUCUUCGUGACUCUGUGCGUUUGAUGCCUGUCUUCGGUCUCAUUCUCGACAUCGGCAACUACAUGAAUGACUCCAACAAACAAGCCAUCGGUUUCAAGCUUAGUUCGCUCGCCCGUCUCGGUAUGGUCAAGGAUGAUAAGAACGAGUCCACCUUGAUGGAUUACGUCGAGCGUGUUGUACGCAGACAGUAUCCUCAAUGGGAAGGCUUCACCGAAGAUAUUGGCGGUGUCGUUGUUGCUGCCAAGCUGAAUGUCGAUCAGCUGAUGGUCGAUGCUAAGAAGUAUAUUGACAACAUCAAGAACGUGCAAAUGUCCUUAGAUGCUGGUAAUCUCAGCGACCCGCGCAAGUUCCACCCUGAGGACAGAGUCAGUCAGGUUGUGCAGCGAUCGAUGAAAGAGGCAAGAAGAAAGGCCGAACAGAUGGAGCUGUAUCUCGGUGAGAUGAAGCGGACAUACAACGACAUCAUGACCUUCUUCGGCGACGACAAUCAAGACGAAUCGGCGAGGAGAGAGUUCUUCACCAAGCUGGCCAACUUCGUCAACGAGUAUAAGAAAUCGCACGAGAAGAACACUUCUCAAGAGGAAACGCAACGUCGUAAUGAGGUCUCAAUGCGUCGCAAGGCACAAGCCAGUCAAUCUGCUCUCGAGAAGGCUACUUCAGACCCUGCUGGACCUCCAUCACCUGCCUCUCAAGGUGCCAUGGAUACAUUGUUAGAGAAGCUUCGCGCCGCCGCUCCUGCUACUAGAGAUACCAGAGAUCGCCGACGACGAGCCCGCCUCAAUGAACGUCACCAACGCCGUGUAGCAUCUGGACAACAGAUGCCCGAAAUUGCUGGCGUGACCUCACCAACCGAUGAUACCGCUCUCAUGUCUCCAACUUCGGAGAACGCACCGGAUCGUCCGUCAACUUCAGACAGCACAUCGCUCGCCCCUCAUGUCGAAGAGGACAAGGGCGCAAUUAGCGAAGGUGAAGACGUUGCAGACCGUGCAGCCACUCUUCUGCAGGGCCUCCGUGGCAGCACUGGCGACAAUGAUGAGCCGCCACUUCCUCGCGAUAGCGAAAAUCUCCGUGUUCGUCGACGCCGCGAUCAUGCCGAUAGCGAACGCGAGCGCCGCCGACGAAGACGCGCACCGGGCACCAGCACUGCAUCCACCGAUGGCCGUCCCCAAACUGGCAUCAGCGAAGCCAGCGCUGACCACCACGACGACGACACCAGAUCCGAAAUCGGUGAUACCAGAUCAGACGUCGGCAAUGGCGAUGUCGGUGAUAACAUGAAGUUGGAUCUACAACUCAUGACACCCUUGGCCAGUCCCGCAUUGACCUCUCCACCCAUCACCAUCGUCAGUCCACCAUCACCCACAACAACCGCCGAGAAGAGAGAUUUCAGCACACCACUUGGCAGUCCCAGGUUAUCUUGAGCACUAGAGUAGGAUAGGAAAGCUGUUUGGGUCACGGGUGUUUCUGGAUGUUUCCCCCCCUUUUUGCAUACAGCAAAACCCCUAUUGUAAUUGUCUGUUUGUUUGUCGUCUUCGUUUUCUGCGCACCAAUACCUAAGCGUCACUUCUUUUUUUGUUCUGUCUUCUUCUGCAUAGUGGGAGUUUCAUGGAGAGGAGAAGUAGAGACUUUUGAUAUAGAAAGGUUGGUUUUCUAUUGACCACAGUUUUUUUUUCUUUCGAUCUUUUGCUUUAUUUGUAUGUGUUUUUUGUUUCAGGUGAUUGCGAUGUGAUGUAUAAUGAUCUUGACGUAG